AUGGGGCCAUGGCCCUGCUCCGGGCCCACGGAGCCCCCCAGCGGCGGCGUUGGGGCCCGCGCCCGGCACGUCAUCAUCAACGUGGGCGGCUGCAGGGUGCGCCUGGCCUGGGCCGCGCUGGCGCGCUGUCCCCUUGCGCGCCUCGAGCGCCUGCGGGCCUGCCAAGGCCACGAUGAGCUCCUGCGCGUGUGCGAUGACUACGACGUGAGCCGCGACGAGUUCUUCUUCGACCGCAGCCCGUGCGCCUUCCGCGCCAUCGUGGCGCUGCUGCGCGCCGGCAAGCUGAGGCUGCUGCGCGGCCCCUGCGCGCUGGCCUUCCGCGACGAGCUGGCCUACUGGGGCAUCGACGAGGCGCGCCUGGAGCGCUGCUGCCUGCGCCGCCUGCGCCGCCGCGAGGAGGAGGCGGCCGAGGCGCGCGCGGGGCCCGCGGAGCGAGCGGCGCCCGACAGCCCGCGCUGCGCCCUGGGCCCGGACGGGCGGCUGGCGCGCGGCCGGCGGCGCCUGCGCGACGUGGUGGACAACCCGCACUCGGGGCUCGCCGGCAAGCUCUUCGCCUGCGUGUCUGUCGCCUUCGUGGCCGUCACGGCCGUCGGCCUCUGCCUGAGCACCAUGCCAGACAUCCGCGCCGAGGAGGAGCGGGGCGAGUGCUCCCGCAAGUGCCGCAACCUCUUCGUGCUGGAGACGGUGUGCGUGGCCUGGUUCUCCUUCGAGUUCCUGCUGCGCUCGCUGCAGGCCGAGAGCAAGUGCGCCUUCCUGCGGACGCCGCUCAACAUCAUCGACAUUCUGGCCAUCCUGCCCUUCUACGUGUCGCUGCUCGUGGGCCUGGCGGCGGGCGGCGCGGCGCGGGCGGGCGCGGGCGCGGGCGCGGGCGGCAACAAGCUGCUGGAGCGCGCGGGGCUGGUGCUGCGCCUGCUGCGCGCGCUGCGCGUGCUCUACGUGAUGCGCCUGGCGCGCCACUCGCUCGGGCUGCGCUCGCUGGGCCUGACCGUGCGCCGCUGCGCGCGCGAGUUCGGGCUGCUGCUGCUCUUCCUCUGCGUGGCCAUGGCCCUCUUCGCGCCGCUCGUGCACCUGGCCGAGCGCGAGCUGGGCGCGCGGCGCGACUUCUCCAGCGUGCCGGCCAGCUACUGGUGGGCCGUCAUCUCCAUGACCACCGUGGGCUACGGCGACAUGGUGCCGCGCAGCCUGCCGGGCCAGGUGGUGGCGCUCAGCAGCAUCCUCAGCGGCAUCCUGCUCAUGGCCUUCCCGGUCACCUCCAUCUUCCACACCUUUUCACGCUCCUAUUCGGAGCUCAAGGAGCAGCAGCAGCGCGCCGCCAGCCCCGCGCCGGCCCUGCGCGAGGACAGCACGCGCUCCGCCAGCGCCACCGAGGACAGCUCACAGGGUCCCGACGGCACCGGCACGGCCGGGGACUCCACGGACCGCGAGUGGGUGCGCGCAGGGCCGGCAUGACCGGCGCGGAGACCCUGCCCCCAGAGGUGGCUGUGGCCGUCCCCGGCACAGGAGGCUGCCUCUCAUGAGCUGUAGAAAUGGAACCACAGUCGUUACCUCCCACCGCUUGCAGAGGGACAGGGACCGCCCUCGGGGCAGCAGCUCCCGCUGCCGGAAGGGGCCUUGCGCUCCCGUCCACGUGCAUGUUGCUUGACCAGCGCUGCCCCAGGACCGCCCAGGCUGGCACACCUGACUCGGAGGUAGGGACAAGAGCCACCCUGUGCUUUGAGUAAAAGUAAUUCCUUGAAGGCACCGCCAGCCUGUUCUUCCUUUUAUUCCCGUUGAAGUUUGGACUUUAUGGCUAGAUAAAAAUAUGUUCAAGAAAUCCCAGAAAGUCCAAGCCUGUAGCAAGUACGAUGCCAUACUGUCCCCAGGCCUCGCCUGACUUCCCUGCUCUUAAGCCUGUGAGGGGCAGUCCUUGGAGGCACAGUAUGGGGGAGGACGGGCAGUCCCUGCUCCUGCCACAUCCAAGCAGGAUCCCCGUGGGAGGAAGGCCUUCCCUAUGCAUCCAGCUCUGCAGAAGCCCUCAUCCCUGCCAAGUGACAGGCAGAGGUGUGACAUUGAUGCUCCUUUGGGGGUCCAGCCCUGACCUCUCACUUCAUUCCGUGGCACUCUCUCUGGUCACCUCCUCACAGCUCUCCCCUGAAAUGCUUCUGCCCAUGCACCCUGCGGACUGCACCCUGCCUCCUGGGACACCCCAUGUCCUGGAGGAACCUUUCCGUCCCUCUCCAGGCCUGGAGGAGGUUCAGGGAGGAGAUGGGGGCAGGGACCCUGGGCGUGCAGCUGCUCGAAGCCCGUCGUCAGAGUCCUGGGCCUUUUCUCCUCUGGAGAUGGAGCAUGGAACUUUCCCAAGCAUGCUGCUUUGCACUUUUUCAUUGUAGAGUGGAGCCAGGACCCCUGGAACAUUGCUGCCACAGACCCUGCAGGAAGAGGAGCCGCACCACCAGGAGACCCCACUAAUGCCAGGCACCCACGCACCACCAUCCAGCCCAGCUUUUAGCAGGGCCUGUCCUGGUGGGGGGGGGUGAGCCAGGAGGAAGGGGAGGCUGGGGCCGGGAGCCAGGAUGGGGCCUCUGCAGACGUUCCCUGCGGUGCCACCUCUUCUGCACGGCUUUCUCCCUCAGGCAGCACCAGUGUCCUCCCCAAAGCACAGGUGUCGGGGGUGCCAGGAAGGAGCUCCCUGUGACCACAAGGAGUCAGGACAUGCAGUUUGUGGGGCCCUCUACCCGGACAGUGUCUGUGCAUGCACAGCCAGGUGUGUCCCUUCAGUCCCAAGUACCCCCAGCUUCGUUCUGACGCUGCUCCCCCCAGGGUGGGGCCAGGAACAUACCCAGAGCUGGAUCCCAGGGCGGCACCCUGUGGGCUGUACACUGCAGAGGCCCUGCAGGGGCCACCACAAGACAGCCUGGGUUUCCUUGUGUCCUCCUCAUUCCCAGUGUGUGCAGGAACCCCUGGGCUCCAUCUACUGAGUCUGUCGGUCAGUGUCAAGUGGACAGGAGCUCUGGGAAGCAGGGGAACUGAAAUAACUUGGUCUUACCAGCAACCAAGAAAUGUACCAGGGCUCAAACGGACCUGAGGGUCCACAAACCACUGGAAGGCAAAGCCUGUCUCCCACUGUCUGCUUUCUCCAGGGUGCUCACAUCAGCUCAUCAGAUGGGGAAAUGGAGUGUCCACGGUGGACUUGGCACCUGGCCACACCUGCCACCCCACCUGCGGGCACAGCCAGGCCUGCCCAGCUCCCUAGGCAGGCAUCGGCCAUGGCUCCUGCGGUCACUGUCCUCAGGAUUCGACUGUUUGGGGGAGACUGAGCUGCAGCCCAAGUCU